AUGGCUCAUAUUUAUUCUACCACCACAGUCACGCCGGUUUCGACAAGAACUUCGAAUUUUCCAGUUCUGCGAAUCAUGUCCGGGAAGUGCCAUUUUCUCGUCCCGGUCGGGACUCUCACCAUCUGCUGUCCUUGUACAGGGUUCACGGGAACGUCUACGGACGGACAGCUGGAUAUUCUCUGUCAAGCUUGUCUUCAUCCGCUCACUCAACAUGGAGACGUUAUUUCGGCAGAGGUUUAUUCAACCCAGCAAGGAAGCAGCCAGCUAGAAAUAUCUGUCCCUCUCGAUCCGUUCAUCAGUCCUCCAUCGGAGACAGUCUCAAAACUCGUCGACCUCAUUGAUUCGGAGAAAGUUGUGCAUGUGCGGGGGACCCCUGCGAGCGGAAAAACAACACUGGCUCAAUCACUGCAGAGAUAUUAUCAGGUUAAGAAGAGGAACUCAAUCUAUGUUGAUAUAUGGCGCGAGCUUGAUGAAUACCCUUCAGUAAUAGACGACCCCUUGUUUCGCCCCUGGAGCAAGCUCAACAUAAUGUUACGGACAAGAUUUGGUUCAAAUAUGAAUUAUCUGGCUUCGGGAACUAUCCUCAUUAUCCACGAGGCCCAAAGUUCGUAUUCGGACACCCUCUUCUGGAAUUCAAUAAUCAAGAACCGGUUGUCCCACCAAGGCCCAGAUAUCAGAUUCUCUCAACGCGUGACGUUGACCCCUCAGUCACAUCCAUCAUCGCCUUCGAUCGGUCUAUUCUUCUCCCGAUCAGAGUUCACGGAUGCUGCACAGCGAUUGAUCGCGAACUCUCGUUUUCAAGAAAAGUUUACCCUCCGUCCAGACGCCGAAGAUUAUCUUUUUUCGUUGACAAACGGACACCCAGGUGGUCUUGCGCUCUUGAAAUGGGAUCGGAAGGUCUGGGAAACGCUGGCUCAAGAGCCAAUAUCACGUUCACUGCCCCAGAGCAAUUUUCUCACCACGGAAGUUGCAAACCUCCUCGCUAAGGUUUUGGAGGAAGGAAAUGUACUAUGUGGACCGAAGCGGAACGAAGAGGUAGAAACAUGUUACAGGCGCGGAUGGUUGCACAGAAUGCAAAUACUUGGAGAGGAUGGUCUCGACAAGGAUGUCUAUGUGCUUCCUUCAAGACUCCAUGAAAAGCAUGUAUCUCUAAGUAUCCACUCCAGAUAUCUCGAUUGCAUUAUUCUAACUAUUCCUAGGUGGAUCGAACACUACAUCGGAAAAAUAGCGAGAAGUCUACCCUCCGAAUUCCAAAAUUUACGAGAUUUGACUAUUGCAAUAUUACGAGGGUUUUCAAGCUCGAGUCUGAGGCAAUCAGCCCAAGGCAAGAAAUUGUCAAGUGGUGCACAGCCAAAACCAGUUGAGGCACAGUAUCAAGACGAGUUCUACCGGUGUUUUAAUAAGUUAGCCGGUAGAGGUGUGCCAGUCUGUACCGAAUGGUCUAGGACCACAGACGGCCGAGUCGAUUUCUGGAUUCCUGGCAAAAAAUGGGCAGUGGAGAUUGUCCGGGAGCAAGACCGAAUCAACGAACACAUUAUGCGUUUUCACGAGAAUGGCCAGUAUUACCCUUGGCGAGAAGAUGGUAUGAUCGAAGAUUGGAUCAUUGUCAAUUGUACCACUUCUCCGCCGACACGUGACCUCUUUUUUGCACAAUUGAGAAUUCGGUGCUUCAUAUGGGACGGGCGAAAGGUGUAUGGUAUCAAUUUUGAAGCUAUUCAGAAGCGCCUUGAAGCGCCUAAAAGCGUACAGGGCCUCUAUCUACCUCUAUGA